UAGAAAGAAGUUUGCAAUCUUCGCCUGUACUGUUCCGUAAUUUUUUGACAAUGAGGAGGGGAACUGAGUCUUCAGCUCCGCCGUCAUCAUCGGAAGAAGAAACUCUAGAUAUGUGGAGGCAGUUAAACGGCAGCAAUGGAGAGGAAGAGGAGGAGCAGGUGAUGAGCGAGGUUCACCUAGGUUGCCCGCCUGGUUUCUCCGGACUAUAUAUAUCCCAUUUCACCGUUUAUCUUUCCCACGAUGUUGCUCACAACAGACACAGUCAUGAGUUGGAAGACGAAGCAAUAGCAAGUCCAAAUAUGGAGUUGGAUGAAGAUGGUGACCUUGUUCUUCCUCGACGUGCCAUAAGUUCAGAGGUGCCAAGUGGUAGCUGUAGUUUGAGUAUCCAGCAUAAUAUCACAUCAUCCAUUCCAAAUGUUGGUCUACAGAUUUGGAGAGCAGAAUUAGUAUUAUCUGAUUUUGUAUUGCACAAAAUAGUAUCUUCGUCUGAGUUUCAAGGAGUGACUGCAUUGGAACUUGGUGCUGGAACCGGCAUGGUUGGUUUAUUACUUGCACGUUGUGCGGAUACAGUAUUCCUAACAGACCAUGGCAAUGAAAUACUUGAGAACUGUGCAAAAAAUGUUCAGCUUAAUGCUGGAUUAUUGAAUUGUAAAGCUGCAAUUUCUGUGCGUGAACUUGAUUGGUUCAGUGGCUGGCCUCCUGAAGCAAGUAUAGCAGAGGCUCCUUUGAGUCAGGGUUUUUCGUGGACCUUCAGGGAGAUUGAACAAGCAGAGAAUGCUUCAUUUUUGCUGGCUGCUGAUGUUAUUUAUAGUGAUGACCUGACUGAUGCGUUUUUCAACACCUUAAAGAGAUUGAUGUCUAGGGGCUCAAGGAAGGUGUUAUACAUGGCACUAGAGAAGCGGUACAACUUCAGUCUUUCUGACCUUGAUGUUGUUGCAAAUGGUUAUUCACAUUUUCGUAGUUAUCUCAAGGGUGAUAAUGAAAUGGAAUGCCGUGGUUCCGAGUCCCUGCCUUUUUUUGUGGGGAAGCAGAUUGAUAUUGCUCAAAUUCCACAAUACGUGAGAGAAUAUGAGAGAGGACACGAUGUUGAGCUUUGGGAGGUCAAAUACUGUACCCCAGAACGGUGUUCUGGACCUGAGGCAUUCAUGUCGGACUAAGGAUACAUGCAACCUCUGAUUUCUUUGUUCAUUUUAGCAAAGCUCGGUGAUAAAAAUAAUUGUUCCUUUCUCACUCAUGCUUUCACUUUCAGAAGACAACUGGACAUAUUCCCGAAUAUUGUAUGGAAGCUUGAGUUUUGCAUAUUGCUCAAAGAGCUGCAACAAAAAUAUUUGUUUUGCA